GAAAAAGAUUAGAGGGGGACCCACCCACCCAUGCGGGACCCGAUCCCCUCGCCCGCCUCGAACCUUCUCCGCCUUCCUCUUCCUCUUCGUCUUCCUCUGCGGCGCACGCAGGCGGCGAAUCCUCCUCCGUCGACGCGACUCCUCCUCCGCCGCCCGCCGCUCAUCUCAUCCCACUAUGGCAGCCAAUGUUGGGGAAUCCACAAGUGGCAGCAGCAGCGGCGGUGCCGAUUCUGGGGGAAGCUUCGAGUGCAACAUAUGCUUUGAGCUUCCGCAGGAGCCUAUUGUCACGCUCUGUGGCCACCUCUUCUGCUGGCCAUGCCUCUACAAGUGGCUGCACAUCCACUCGCAUUCACCUGAGUGCCCGGUCUGCAAGGCUGUUGUCGAGGAGGAUAAGCUUGUCCCCCUCUAUGGCCGUGGUAAGGACCGUGUUGACCCAAGGUCAAAGAACGUCCCUGGGGCUGACAUUCCUAAUCGCCCAGCUGGACAGAGGCCUGCCACGGCUCCGCAGGCCAAUCCUAACACCCACUUCCCCAAUGCCAACCCCAACCCUUGGUUCAUGGGUGGAGGCAUCCCACUAGCCAAUGCACGGUGGGGGAAUUACACCUUCUCGGCGGCAUUUGGGGGUUUGUUCCCCCUGCUCAGCUUCCAAGUCCAUGGGUUCCCAGAUGCAACCGCCUAUGGGCAGCCUGCUGGUUUUCCCUACGGAUAUGGACACGGCCACGGUCACGGUCAUGGGCACGCGUUCCACGGCGGACAUGCCCAUGCUGCUGCUGCUCCCCGCCAUGGACCGCCUGGGCAACAACAGCAGGCGGAUGUGUACCUGAAGGCGCUUCUCAUCCUGGUUGGUUUUCUUGUGAUUGCAAGCCUCAUCACAUUCUAGGAUUGUGCCAUCAUAUUGCUGUGCUUGUAAUAAGAGGAAUGAUUUCCCGAGUUGCUUUCUGAUGUUGUGCAUUACCUUGCCUCCACACACGACCCAGUCUGAAUCAAGUGGUUCUUUUGCGCAAAGUGUUGAUAGAAUUCUUGUAUAUACGAAAUAGAUGUGGUCGUGUGGAGCAUAUGUGUACUGUGGUUCAUGAAUAACAUGGAAGCUCUGUCUGAAUGAACUAGAGCAAUGAUACUUAUAUUGUGUUUUUGAUAUGAUGAUGCUCAGAAUGAGCAGGCUAUGCAAUUGUUUGGAGCACAAAUGUAUUCCUCUAUGGCUUGUACUAAAGACUAUCGCACUGAUAUCAUAUCUGUGUUUUGUGGUGUCUUUCUGUCAA